GUAUUAUAAAAUCAAUAACCACCAAAAUACACAAUUACUUACAGCCCACUUCAACCAUAUAUAUACAAUUCACAUUUCAUUUUCUAGGGUUAUAAAUCCUCACAGAGAACGGCGCAUUUCACCAUCGAUUGCUCCGAUCAAAUUACCAGAAAUCAUCGUCAUCGAUUUCUCCGAUUAACUUUCCGUUAUUCUACUCUUUCAUACUAAAUUCAACUACGCUUACUUCAACAACUUCUAUCAAAUUUCUAUCACCAUAAGUUCUACGGAUGCAUCAUUCGUGGUGGUGACGGCGACAGAGGAGGGCGAUUGUCGACAAAUUUUAGAUGGUCUGAUGCGAAGAGCAGCCAUGAUUUGUGAGAGAGGAUGCGUUUGAUUGCGAAUCUGUUAGGUUUAGGGGGUGUGGGAAUCAUUCAUUUUUAUAGCGGGGCAAAUCGUUGAAACUACGCAAGCUUGGCUCCGAGAAUUGGAGCACAAAUCUCAGGUCUUAUAGAAGUGAAAGUGGGUAUUAAACAAGAUGUCAUCACAAUAUGUUAAACUUGGCAAUCGAUCAGUUGAUCAAUGGAAGGUCACUGAGCUGAAGGAAGAGCUCAAGAGACGUAAAUUGACUACUACGGGGUUGAAACAAGAUCUAGUGAGGCGUUUAGAUGAAGCAGUUCGUAUUGAAAUGCAAAGUUCCUUGGAGGAAGCAGAAAAUGAAUCUAUGCAAUCUGAGGUUCCCAUUGAAAAAGAAAAUGCUGUUACAAAUGUUACUGAAAAAACUGAGGAUUUUACGGAGAGAGAGGUUGACAUUGUUGAAAAGGUAGAUCCGAAUGCAGGGCAUGUAAUAGAUGACUGCAUUGGGUCAUCAGGUGAAGUCAAAGUCAUCGAAACGGACUUGAUGCAGGAAACCAAGUCUGCUGGGCUGGAAGGAGGGCAGGUUCCUGAGCCCCCUCUUGUGGAAACUACUGAAGUUGGCAAGAUAAUUGAACCUGUAAAUACUUCGAAAGCAUCAAACUCACAAGAUCAUGGAACAAAUGAGGAAGGAGAUGCUAUUAUAUUGCUUAAAGAUGAUGGAUCCCUGCAGGAGGAUGUAAAGCUUGAACUGUCUGCUCCUAAUACUCAGUCACCUCAGAUCAAUGAGAGCAGGACUUCUUUGGCGCCUCUUAAUGGACAGGACUUGCAGUGUAGUCAAACUCAAAAUGAAGGUAUUCACCCAACGGAUCAGAGAGAAAAUGAUGAUUCCAAUUGUCUCCAACCAGAUUCCAGUGGCCAGACACUGAAGCAUCAGGUAUCUGAGGUUGACCCUAAUUUAGGGUUUCAAGUAACAUCUGAUUCUGUUUCUACUGAAUCUGUCUCCAUUAUUGAGAAAAAUGAACUAAUGAUAGAUGUAAUUAACGAUAAUGUCAAAUUAGAAUUAGAUGUUAAGCCUGAGAUGGUGCAGCAGUCGCCCAGCGGUGCCGUCCCUGAUGGUGGUGAAUCACAUCCAAUGGAUGUUGAAGAGCCACUUGACAAUAAUGAUGUGAAAAAUCACCUUGACACAAAAGAUGUUGAAGAGCCACUUGACAAAAAUGAUGUCAAAGAUCACCUUGACAUAAAAGAUGUUGAAGAACCUCAUGACAAAAAACCCCACCUAGAAGACACCGGUGGUAGCGAGGUAGAAAAUGUCGAUAGUCUCAAGAACAUUGAUAGUGGUGACAUAGAUCCACCUGAAAAACUAAGUUUAGAUAGGAGUUCUGGUGAUGAUUCCAUGGAAGAGGAUAUAAUGGAGAGUAAGCAGAUGGACGGCAAGUCUGAUUCAUUUACUGAAAAUGUGGACUCUGGAACACCUAGUUUGAAAGAGGAGGAUCACGUGGAUGUUGUUGGUCAUGAUAAGCCUGUUGAGAUGAAGGUUCAACCUGUUGAAAUUGAGAUAACUAAUGUUGAAAAUGAGACAGCCUCUGCCCUGACCUCCGGGAAAAGAAAAUUUCAAGACAAAGAAGCUGUUGGCAGUAAUGAUGUAAAGAAGAUGCGCAGGUGGAAUGCUGAAAGCUUAAAAAGUUCAGAACCACAGAGUGGUUCUAUAACACCAAAGGGUUCAUCUGAUCCUAGUUUUAAGCCCAUAACGGGGACCAACUCUUUGGCUAAUGUAGAGGCUCCCAAGGAGCGUGUGGUUCCACCUUCAUCAAGGCCGCCAACUACUUCUCUUAGAAUUGAUCGGUUUUUGCGCCCUUUUACUUUGAAAGCCGUCCAAGAACUUCUAGGAAAAACUGGAACUGUUACCAGUUUCUGGAUGGAUCACAUCAAAACCCACUGUUUUGUCUCAUACUCAUCUGUUGAAGAGGCUUUAGAAACUCGUAAUGCUGUAUACAAUCUCCAGUGGCCUACAAACGGGGGACGCCUGUUGGUUGCGGAAUUUGUUGAUCCUGAAGAAGUCAAAUCACACGUGGAGGCUCCACUAGCAUCACCUGCAACUCCCUCGCCGAGUACAACUCCAACUCCAACUCAACCUCCAUCUGCUGCACAGCCUUCCCCACGGCAGCAAUUGCUGAAGCAGCAGAUACCAACGCCUCUUCCUCCACCACCAUUGUCUAAUCCUCCAGCCCAUGUCAGGGAACGGCUGCAUCCACCAAGGGAACAGCCUGUCCCAGCAAGGGAUAGGCUAAACCUUCCACCUCCACCUCCACUUCCAGUUCCACUCCCGGAGAAGGUUGAUCCGCCAAUUGUUACGUUGGACGACUUAUUUCGGAAAACCAAGGCAACACCUCGCAUCUACUACCUGCCGUUGUCUGAUGAAGUAGUUGCAACAAAGCUGAAGACACAGGGGAAGAAUGUUACUCAGUAGAUUUCUGAUAAGAUUGGUUAGUGUGAAAGAUAUGGUAAGACGUAUAUUAUAACUACAUCUUUGCAGGUCUGCAGGUAUGUUCCGGUUAAGAGUCGCUGCUGGUGCUGGUUCAGUGAUGGAUUCAUGUGAGGCUGAGUUUGAGUUAGGAAAGUGUUAUAUCUUCCAGCCCCAGACUACAUGACCUUUUUUUCUUAAGUUGAUUAGGAUUGUAUGUUGUUAACAUUGCUACAUUUGGAUCCUUUGCAUUCAUACGCUGCGUUUCAACCUUUUGCCAAA